UCCUGGAUGCUGCGCGCUGCGGAUUAGGAGCCAGCUGAUGUUUGAUUACGCUACGAGUUUAUUUUACCUUUUUCUUAUGAGAGGCGUGCUGUGCCGCAACGAGCUGAUCGAAUGAUUCUCCUGUCUGUUAACACAUCUCAGAGUGAAUAACGGUCCAUAUAAUGUGCAAAGAUAAGACUGAGGUCUCCUGUGCUCGCGCCCUGCCCCAUUCGAGGCUCUGCAGCUGCUGUUACCGUCGGAAUGCAGGCGGACUCACUGUUACCUGGUCCGGUUAUGAGCAGCAGGAUCAAUUUUACGUCGACUAUAGUCCUCGUUUUGAGUAUGUGUAAUGCAAUCGGCAGAGUGUCACUUUGAAUUGGUUUUUAUAUAAAGUGUAAAGCUUCCUCUGGGUAAGUGCGCAUCCCACAUUAUGUGACGCUUUAUUUGUCCUCUGUCAGAGCAAGAAACAACACAUUAUUAUUAAAUAAACAUUUAGAUGCGUGUUGUUCCCGGGUGCCAAGCUUUGCCAAGCUCCUGAGGUUAAACCCUCUCUGUAGGCCUGUUCCUGUCACCCAGCAGCUAUGGAUCCCCUCCCAGAGUAUUCUCUGUUCCUGGUCCGGAUCCUGGAGGAGCUGGACAAUAAGCACAACACCAUGUCCUAUCAGGACCUGUGCAAGUCUCUAUGUGCUCGCUUCGACCUGGUGCACUUGGCCAAGCUCCGCAGCCUGCUCUUCUACACGGCCUGCCUGGACCCCGCUUUCCCGGCAACCCUCUUUAAGGACAAGAUGCGAUGCUCCAUGGAGGACCCGCAGUCCAAGAAGCUUAUGGUGGCAGCAGACAUCGUCACUAUGUUCAACCUAAUCCAGAUGAAUGGGGGUAUAGCCAAAGACAAGCUGCCCACAGUGCACAGAGCCAAGUUCCACAAGAACCAUUCGGUGGACCUGGGCAGGUCUGACACUGAUUACAAGUUUCAGGACCGUGACAUGGGGGUUGGUUAUGAGCACAUGGAUCACCCUAGGGAUGGACACCACCACCACCAUCAUCCCCACUGCCCCCAGCAGCACCCUGUAGCUCAGAGCGCUGCUCCCUGUCCUAAAUCAUCAGAGUUCAACACCUGCCAGCAGUUUAUUCCCACCUCAGACCCUAACUUCCUUCUGGGUGUCAGCAAGGAUCUGAAAUGCAGAGCAGCCUCUCUGGACAAACUUCACCAUCUGCCCCAAUACUCCAGUGGCAGUCCUCCCUCUCCAACCUGUGAAAUGCAGAGCACUUACUUUCCUAUGGACAUCGACAGCGAGUCCACCACUGACCAAGAGUCCCUGCGGCACAUCAGCCAAGCAGAGCCCUUCUCAGUUCACUCCUGCAUCAAGAAGAGGAACAUCUUUAAGGAAGACUUCCACAAUUUAGUGGCCUUCUCACCACAGGUCAUCACCACUGAUUGCAAACGGGGCAGUAAGGCUGCUGACGCCUACCACAGGAGGGAAUUGCACAAGCCUGCCACCUUCUUCAACCACAGCUUUGAACUGCCCUACAGUAACCCCUACUUUGAGCCGACACUCAACUCCCCUCUUCAGGACAGACGGAGGGUGAAGCACGAGAGCCUGGACGACUUGCAGGCGUCCACAUACUUUGGUCCGACCACGGUCUCUGAGUGCGUUAGCAACAGGAAGCACAUUAACAAAGCAGGGAAACAGCCGCCAUGGCCGGUGAAGAGCCUCAGUCUCAACACAGAAGAGGGGCCACCAGACUUUGAGAGGUCAUUUCUGAACAGCAAACCAAUCAAAGAAAACCACCAUUGCAAUAUCAGCAUCAUCAGCACUGACAGUGAGCAGCAUUUUCAGAGCCCGAAGGAAAAGGUGGUAGCUUCUCCAUCCGGCUUUGCAAAGAAAACAAACGGAAUAAAAACAAAGGACAUAGCACUGAUGGCAAGCGGGCCAGCAAGUUCGGACAAAAGAGACGGAGCAAAAAGGUUUAGGGACAAAAAUCUGAACAGUCCAUCCUUUCAGGGAGGGGAUAGCUCCUCCAGUGUUGGGACUCAAACAGAGCAGGGCGAGCAGAAGAAGGUGAAGGAAUACCCAGCUAAGUACAGUGACAGAGAGAGACACACCUUCAAACAGUCUGAUGAGGACUCCGAGAUUGUUAGUGAUGAUAUAAGUGAUAUUUUUCGUUUUCUCGAUGAUAUGAGUGUUUGUGACUCUCUGGGCAUUGUCCAGCCGUCAUGCUACAACAGUAAUGGGUCUCUUUCUCAGGUAACACUGAAAUCCGAAGGCGACAGCUCCCCUGAGCGCAAUACAGUCAAACUAGCCAAGUCCAAGCUGGACCGUCUGUUCCAUUCAUUGGAAAACACAGAUGACGAGCUCAAAUCGAGUGUCUGCAAGCUGGUCAUGAGAAUUGGCGAGAUCGAAAAGAAGUUGGAGUCUCUGUCUGGGGUUCGCAGUGAGAUCUCCCAGGUGCUCUCCAAACUCAACAAGCUGGAUGAGAAGAUCCAGGAGCCUGAGGCCAAUGGGAGACAUGGUGAGACAACUUCUGCAUCUGUGCCUGAUGCCACCCCUGAGCCUCAACCCCACCCCCAUCCACAUUCCGACACCACCCUCUCACCUCAUGUUUUCCAGUGCCACACCACCGGCCACAAUGUUAAAAUGUAUAAUGGCUCCUCGGGGGAGUGGUGCUGCUCAGAUGGGACUAACAGCGAUAGCCUCAGAGUAAAAGCUCUGAAGAAGAGCAUGUUCACCAGGAGGUCAUCCCGCUCACUUAAUGAGGAGAACAGUGCCACUGAGUCAAAGGUGUCCAGCAUCACCAACUCUCCGCGGGACUGGAGGACAGUGUCCUACUCUUGCCACCCUGGAGAUGAAGCCAAGGACAAAGACAGAGACAGAGAGAGCAAGGACAGGCACCGGAAAGCCAAAGAGGCAGAGCGAGAGCGUCAAUACGAGCUCCCCCAGGCCCACCGACCUCCUAAACCACCAAAGGAGUCUUACCUGAUCGAACAGGUUUUCUCACCACACCCCUUCACCCCCUCUAUUAAAGCUCAUGUGAAAGGCAGCCCACUGUACACCGACCUGAGACUCACAAGCCUGUCAGAUGCCAAGCGUGGCCAGCCAUCCUGGACCAUUGAGGAGUAUAAACGCAACUCAGGAGAGAAGGGAAAGCAGCUCACAGCUCUGGACCUGCAGAACCAGGAAUCCCUCAACCCUAACAAUCUGGAGUACUGGAUGGAGGACAUCUACACACCAGGCUAUGACUCGCUGCUCAAGAGGAAAGAGGCAGAGUUCAGGAGGGCUAAGGUGUGUAAGAUCGGAGCACUGAUCGCAGCCGCUACCUGCACUGUUAUCCUGGUCAUCGUUGUUCCAAUUUGCACCAUGAAAACAUGAGAAUACCAUGAUGGAGUGACUCUGUCAGUUGAAGAUUUUUUGUUUUUAAUGCAGUAUUUACUUUUGGUGGUCUUUCUCGCCAAUAUAAAAUUAUUAGAACAGCUCUUGUACAAUAGAAAUAAAUUCAGCAAGUGCAUAAUAUAUACUGUAUAUCUAUGGGUUUAACAGUUGUAGUUCAUUGUAUUGUUACGACCUGUGCGGAACAGUCGGAAGCUCAUUGGUAUAAAUGUCUUAAACAACCGCAGCAGAUGAUUACAGAAUUAAAAUUGGAUUUGUUAUUGUAGCCAGCGAAUGAUAUUUUUAUUUUUCGUAUAAUUACUGUACAGUGUAUUUUGAUCAAAGUUAUUUUUGAUGAAUUAUCUGGUUGAAUGUGAAAAUUUAUCUUUAUUUUAUUAUCCUUCUUCAAUAAGUAAGGAAAUUUGUGCACACACAUUUUUCUAAUUAGAAAUCUACUGAAGGACUUUAGUUUAGAUAGAAGUGUAUAGUACGAUUACAAACAUAGUAUGAUUGCAAACUGAAUGUAUUGAUAAUGUCAGCCUACUCACUUUGAAAUGAAUGACUUGAGAAGUUAACUUGAAUGUUGCUGCCCUCCUUUUUCUGAAUUAUAAGCAGCCAACAGCACACAUGUGCUCCUUUUCCUCAAACAGUGGAUUUGUGCUAUUCUUUGCAAGCGUUUGCUGAUUGAAUACUUUGGGUUCUGCAUCAUUCUAAGCUAGUGAGGCUCACCUGGGAGGAUUGUAGGACUCAGCACUAUUGAUUGGGUCAGCUUCUUUCAUUAGCACAAACUAAACAGCUUCCCUCUCAGGGUGGGUUUGUCCAUCCUUUCACUGCUGCAAUCUCCUUAAACGCCUUAAAGUAGCCCACCCUUUACCAUGUCCAUUUCACAGCCCCUAAUUUAGCUUCAAUAUAGAAUAACAGCCCUUUUCUUAAGGCUGCUUUAAUUCUAUAUGUUUCAUAUUGUCAACAAAUUGCAAAAGUGUGUUGUUCUGCAUCCCUAUUUUAACUUAGGCUUCAUUGUGCCGCCUAAGAAUAUGCUGCCUGAUUCUCCCAAUACUUGAUGCCGACAGCUGUAUCUUUGGAGAACUCCAAAAAUGCAGCAAUGGUUUGCCUCAACAAUGCCACAAUUUCUCCCUUACGUAUGGUUUAUCAAUAUUUGAUUUUUAGGCUUAGGUUUUUAGAACUAAUGAAAAAACAACAGACAACAAAACAAACAACAAAAUGUUCCCGUUUAUACAGGUUGUGGUAGGUCUCCAACUUUUUAAAGUUGUGUGCUUCAAGAUGGAAA